AUGCCACCUCCUCCCCCUGCCUGGGUCCAGGCUUUGAAGCCAUCAGGACCACAGGGAUCCGAACUGCUUGCUAAUGAAAGAGCUCAAUCCAAUGUCAAUGUUGAGAAGCUGUCUGAAUUGUUGCAUACCAAGCAUGCAUUGGAGAGACAGAAAUCACUACUUGAAAUUCUCCAACCAGAAAAGGUGUUUGACAAGUCAGAAAAUCAUAGCCUGGGCCGCGUUGAAAGGCUACAGCGCUCACUUGCAAAAGCCAAGCGUCUACAACAGCUAGCUGUACAACAUGAAUGGGAUACAGAGGAGCUGAUUGCUGCUAAUGAUCUGAUCGGCGAGCCCACUCCGUAUGCCCUUCACGCAACUAUGUUCCUGGUCACCCUUCGCGACCAAGGAACUUCUGAACAACACAGCCUUUUUCUUGAGCGUGCUACAAGUUAUCAGAUCAUUGGAUGCUAUGCCCAGACAGAAUUGGGACAUGGAUCCAACGUGAGAGGCCUGGAGACGACCGCCACCUGGAACCCACAAGACAAAACUUUUAUUAUUAAUUCACCCACAUUGACUGCCUCAAAGUGGUGGAUUGGUUCCCUUGGUAGAACCGCUAAUCAUGCGGUUGUCAUGGCUCAAUUGAUUAUUGCUGGCAAGAACUAUGGCCCACAUCCGUUUGUGGUGCAGAUUCGCGACCUUAAGACCCAUGAGCCACUGGAAAAUGUCUAUGUGGGCGAUAUUGGUCCUAAGUUUGGCUACAACACCAUGGACAACGGCUUUCUGCUGUUCAAUAAUGUCAAGAUUCCACACAUUAACAUGCUAGCCCGCUUCUCACGCAUCGAUAAGGACACUAGCAAAUACAUUCGACCCGCUAUGCCAUCUCUGAUAUACGGCACGCUUACAUGGGUCCGCUCUAGCAUCGUUCUUCAGUCCGGUGGUGUUCUGGCGCGUGGUGUGACUAUCGCCACUCGCUACUGCGCCGUUCGCAGACAGUUCCAGGAUCGUGAUGCAGAGGGAAAGUCAGGGGAGAAUCAGGUACUGAACUAUAAGACUGUUCAAGUGCGCCUUCUGCCUCUGUUGGCAUCUAUGUAUGCACUUCAUUUCACCGGCCUUGGUAUGAUGCAAUUGUACCAGGAGAAUCAGAAGAGCAUGAAGGAUGCCACUUCAACUGCAGAAAACUCGCGUGGCCCUGGUCCUGAGCAACUCCGCGCCGGAGCUGAUCUGCUUGCUGAUCUCCACGCUACAUCCUGCGGUCUCAAAGCUCUUGGGUCGACGACGGCUGGUGAGGGUCUAGAGGUGUGCCGUAGAGCCUGCGGUGGACAUGGCUACUCAUCAUAUUCCGGCAUAGGUCCCUUCUAUGCUGACUACCUUCCUACUCUCACCUGGGAAGGAGAUAAUGUGAUGUUAAGUCAGCAGGUAUCACGAUACUUGCUCAAAUCUGCACGUGCUAUGUUGUCCGGCAAAGGAUCCCAAAAUGACACUUCCCGAAUCCUACAGAACUACCUUGACCGACGCGACCAGGGUGCUUCCUUCGACGUGCUAGGGAAUGACGCAGAUAUCGUAGCAGCCUUUGCCUGGCGCACUGCCCAUCUAACCUUCGAGGCUCUCAAGAACCGCGAUGUAGAGAAGCGAUCAUGGAACAGCCUGCUCAUCGACUUCUGGCGCCUAUCAACAGCCCACUCACAGUAUCUCGUGGUAAAGAACUUCUACGACGCAGUCUUCUCCCCACGACUCUCGUCAGCCUUGGACCCAGAGACCACGACCAUCAUGCACUCUCUCUUCCGCCUCUACUCCUUGCACACGCUAGAGGCCCAGGCUGCAGAGUUCUUCUCAUCCGGCGCAGUGACCGUGCGACAGAUCACACUCACCCGCACCAAAGCAGUCGUGAAGCUGCUGGAUGAGAUUCGCCCGCAUGCUGUGCGCUUGGUAGAUGCCUGGGCCAUUCCAGACUGGCAGCUGGAUAGCAGUCUAGGCCGAUAUGAUGGCGAGGUCUACCCAGAUCUAUUCCGCCGCGCCAGCCAAGAGAACCCUGUUAACGACUUGGUGUUUGAUCCUUAUCCCUGGAACUCGGCCACUCUCAAGAAUCAGCCACCUAAGAGUAAACUUUAG